AUGGACUACUCCUCGAUAAACAACAAUGAUCCAGCCGGCCCAUCGCCAUGGGGAUCCCCGAGCGCGGACCGGCCGACCUUCACCGCGGCUGGCACUGCGGACAUCCCACCAAACCCCUUGCCUCCCAAUCAGCAAUCUCCCUACGGCGACGACCACGAGUCUCAUCGUCCAGAGAGUUCGGCGUCAGCUGGCGACGACGACGAGCCGUCCUCUCCCGAUCUUUCUGAGCGACUCCAGAGUGCGCAAUUAGGCGACCCCGACUACGUGGAACAGCCGCCGUAUGCCACUCCGCACGCGGCCUAUGUCCAGCACCCGCGAGCCCAGGCACCAGCACGUUACCAGACGGGAGCCAGACAGAAUGUCAGGCCCGCCGCUCCUACGUACAGGCUACAAGCGAAAGUCACGGGGCUGGAAAGGACAGGCAAGAAAGAUCCCAUCAUACGGUUUGAUGUCUAUACCAAUAUACCCAAGUUUCGAACGACCCAGUAUCGUGAUGUCCGCCGGACGCAUUCCGAAUUCAUCAAACUUGCUGAACACCUGAUCUCUUCGAAUCCUGAGGCGCUCGUACCGGCCGUGCCGCCACCGCUCACCCCAGCAGGCGCGGGGACAGAUGAAGACGAAAUGCGGGUCAAGGCGUAUAUGCAGCGAUGGUUGAACUACGUCUUUGGGAAUGAAGUUCUCAUCCAUGAUGACGAGAUAGUUCUAUUCGUGGAGAGCGAUUUCGGAUACAGCCCCGUUGUGAAGAUGAAACAGCCUGCCACGGGUGUUCGCAGGAAAGUGAUCAAGCAAUUUGCGCCGCCGCCAGACGAUACUCCGGAGCUGCUGAACGCGCGACCGGUGGUCAAGGCGUUUUACCUGGGUGCGAUGGACACGAGUCAGAAAGUGGAUCGCGUGGUGAAAGCACGGCGAGGACUCGGCCUCGCGGAGUCGGAUCUGGGCGUCAAGCUCGGACACAUGCAUGUUCAGGAGACCCAUUCUGGGUUGGCGAAUGCGUACCGCAAGCUUGGCAAGAUUAUCCAGACGAUUGGAGAUUACCAUGCCGCCCAGGGCACGGCAGAGGCAACGACUCUUGGGGAUCCGUUGAACUACCACUCCUCUGAUGCGUUCAUCGUCAAAGAGACGCUGACGAACCGUCACAUUCUCCUGCGGGAGUUGAUUCAAGCGCAGCAGUCUUCAAGGAGCAAGCGGGCGGCCGCGGACCGGUUGAAAGGCAGCACCUCGGUGCGGCCGGACAAGGUCGACGAGGCGAUCAGCGCGCUUGACGAAGCCAUCAGCCACGAGACCUACCUCACCAAGAAGACGCAGAGAGUCACAGCCAACCUCCUGAUGGAGAUGCGACGCUGGUUCAGUCGGACUUCGGAUGACGUUUUGGCGAGUCUUCGGGAAUACACGCUGCGUCAGAUCGAAGCCGAGCGGCGGGCCCUGGCGACGUUGGAGAGCGUGAGACCGGACAUCCGGGCGAUCGAUUCUUCAGGUGGAUUGAGUCGUUUGGGGCGCGAGUCGCACCCGGCGGCGCGUCGAGCCAGCCUGGCGUCGAGCCAAGGCCCGAAGGGCGAUGCGUGGAGCGGAGUGCCGCGGCGCAGCGACAGCCUGAGCCGGAGCAUUAGCGGUAGUAUCAUACCGACGCUGGCGGACGAUGAGGAGGCUAACGGCGAUGGUAAAGGCCGAGGCCGCGCGCUGAGCGGCGUGGCUUCGAUUCCAGAAGAGGACGAUGAGGACCGACUGGAUGCGAAGAACGCGGCCAGCCGCCUGGCGCAGAGCACGUUUUAA